AUGCACAAUCACGACCAAAAUAGGAGCGCAACCUGCACCCUGAAGAUUCCUCCCUUAAAGAAUCCCAAGCCAGAAAAGCUUUUGGAAAUCCUUGAACUUGUCAAAAAAGCCUGGAAGGGACAAGCAAUUGUGACUGCAGAAGACCGGGCUCAAUCCCUUGAGCAACGCAUUGGUGAUUUGGAAAGAACCACCUUUUGCAACGCCCUACCCAACUCCAGAAUCAUCACUGAUGCCAAUCUUGAACAAGCCAAAAAGACCAUUUUCCAGCAAAAUGCAGCGUGA